AUGGACCUCAUUGAGAAGCUUCCGCCUUCCGCUGGUUUCACUGACAUCCUAGUCAUCGUCGAUAGGCUCACGAAGCAAGCCGUGUUCGUGCCGACACAUUCCGACCUCACAGCCGUCAAGUUGGCCAAGUUGUUCAUCCUCAAUGUAUUCUCCAAGCAUGGUGUCCCCUCUCACGUCACUCGUCGCCGUGCUCGAGAGUUCACUGUUGACCUAGGAGAACUCCACAAGUUCCUUAAGGGAAUUCACCAAAAGGCAGCCAACAACCGACGUCUUCCGGCUCCGAACUUCAAGUUCCUCGGCCCAUACGAGAUCAUAGCCCAAGUAGGAUCUCACUCCUUCACCCUCCGCCUUCCCCAGUCUAUGCGACUAGUCCAUCCAGUGUUCCAUGUCUCGAUGCUCGAGCCGUUCAAGCCGAGUACUAUUCCGAGCCGUGCCGUUGAGCCGCCAGCACCCGUCGAAAUUGAAGGUGAACUCGAGUACGAGGUCGCCGAGAUAGUCGAUUCUAAGAUCGAUCGACGACGCAAGUGCAAGCUCCUCUACUAUGUUCGAUGGUAUGGUUAUGAGAACACGGAUGAGGAGUUCUCCUGGCAGCCAGCCGAUGAACUCCCGAACGCUCAAGAACUAGUCCAAGAAUUCCACGAGGCAUAUCCCAACAAGCCAGGCCCUUUGCCGGUUUGA